AUGCUCAGCUUUGCCUCCUACUACGGCGACCACAUGGUGCUGCAGAGGGAGCCGGCGGGGGCCGUGGUGUGGGGCCAUGGGGAGCCGGGGGCUGUGGUGACCGUGACUCUCUCGGGGGCUCAGGGCCUCGUCAUCACGAAGAAAACAGCACAGGUUAAAGGACCUUCUGGGACAUGGACAACUGUCCUGGACCCGAUGGAUCAGGGUGGUCCCUAUGCGCUGACAGCCGAGCAGGGCUCAGAGAACGUGACACUGCGGGACAUCUACUUUGGGGACGUGUGGCUUUGCAGUGGGCAGAGCAACAUGGCAAUGACAGUCCUGCAGGUGGCCAACGCCAGCCAAGAGCUCGCCGCCGCCGCUCGCUAUCCCCACGUCCGCAUCUUUGCCGCGGCGCCCGCCCGCUCCGACGUGGAGCUGGAGGACCUGGAGCAGAUUGCCUUGCCAUGGUCCAUCCCCACGGCUGAAAACCUGGGCCACGGGAAUUUCACCUACUUCUCGGCCGUGUGCUGGCUGUUGGGGCGCUCCCUGUACGAGGCUCUGGGGUCCCCUGUCGGGCUGGUGGAGGCGGCCUGGGGGGGAACACCCAUCGAGGCCUGGUCCUCCCGCCAGGCUCUGCAGGCGUGUGGGCUCCCGGAGGACACGGGGAGCACCUCCCCACACUGGCAUGUCUCCGGCCCACAAACGCCAUCCGUGCUCUGGAACGCCAUGAUCCACCCGCUGCUCAACAUGACCCUGCGGGGCAUCGCUUGGUACCAGGGUGAGGCCAACGCCUUCCUGCACACGGACCGGUACAACUGCACCUUCCCCACGCUCAUCGCCGACUGGCGCCGCGCUUUCCACGCUGGAUCAGCCGGACAGACGGAGCCACUCCUCCCCUUUGGCUUCGUGCAGCUGUCCACCUACCGCCGUGAGAGCCCCGACGACAGCUUUGCCCGGCUCCGCUGGCACCAAACAGCCGACCUGGGGGUUGUUCCCAAUGCCAGGAUGCCCGGCACCUUCAUGGCCGUAGCCAUGGAUCUGGGUGAUGAGCACUCUCCCUACGGCAGCAUCCACCCUCGGGACAAGCAGAACGUGGCACACCGGCUGCUGCUGGGCGCCAGGGCUGUGGCGUACGGGGACAAAGACCUGGUUUUCCAGGGGCCAUAUCCCACCCGGGCCGUCCUGGAGGUGACCAGGGGGCUGCUGAACGUCACCUACAGCCAGGAGCUCAUCUGCCGUCAGAGGGACGCACGGUCAUUCGAGGUGUGCUGCUCCAGCCAGGCGUCCCUGUGCCGGUGGCUGCCGGCACCGGUGGUGGCCGUGGGGUCCCGCACGGUGACACUGGCCCUGGGUGGCUGUGGGACGCUGGUGCUGGGCCUGCGCUAUGCCUGGGCCGAGUGGCCCUGUGAGUACCAGUCCUGCCCCCUCUACAACCCCCAGGGGCUGCCUGCACCCCCCUUCCUGCUGGACACCCUCCCCACAGGCAGCACCGACGGAGGGAGGGAGCUGCUUCUCCUCCCUGGCUCUGGGUUCUCCUGAGGGAUUUAGGGGAGAGGAGGGAGCUCAGGCUUCUGGGUCCCCUUCCAAUCCUGGGAGGCAAUGGGCUCGAUUACUGUCCUACUAAUUAAACAACUUUCCAGCUCCUCUUUGGCUUCAAGCCAAGGCUG